AGCGUUUUCUGCCGUCGAUGCUUCGCUUUGAGGAAGGAUACUGUUUUGUGCUCUAUAGGGCUGCUUCACUUGAAUAACUCGCACGCACUUGCACGUACAGUUGAUUAAGAACACGGCUCGAGGGGGAGGGUGUAAUCCGGGAUCGUAGUCUGUACUGACCCGUGUGGGUACGUGGAUGUGUAGUGGACGUAGCGCACAGAACAAACGCUGGCGAUCAGUUCUGUCCAUUUCUUUCGAUGAAGAUCCUGCCAGUUGGCGGACAGUCUGGCUAGUUUCGGUAUUGCCAACAAAGCGUCGCCAUGAUGCCGGUAGCUAAAGGAAAAUUCAAUGACUUUUCCAUAUGUGGGCCCUAUCUCUUCAACCUACACAGCAAUAAAGUGAAAUGAUGCACUUACGUGUAGGAAUAAACUGUGCUUUUCGCUAUUUUUCUUUUUCGGCGUCUUAUAUCUUUAUUUUAGUCGCUUCAUUUGUUGCACCAAAGGGCGACGCUGUCGCUCUUAUCGCUUCGGCUGCCAUUCUGUUCGUCUGUCAUUCUGUUCUUCUGUUACCUUCCUGCCGCUUCCUAUGCACGUGCACGUUUUUUCGUGUGCUCUGGAGUUAAAGAUUACCUUCCUGUGCCCGUGAACGUACCUGCAAUCUCGCAAAAAACUAAGGGCACAAGGCGUGCUGUGUGGCUAUGCGGUAUGGUUACUCGGGAGUGAACAGCACGGCGAAUUUUUUUUUUUUUUUUUCCAUUUUCCCAGCGGGCGAGAGAUGGCGAAAUUAAGCUAAGCGUCCUGGCGGGGCUGACAUGGGAGCAGACGUACAAAUACUACUGCCUCUGCCAGGACCACUUUAUAGAGAGGGACUACGUCGACCCGGCCGAAACAAGACCGUUGUAGUCGGCUGAGCAGACUGCUGGGAGCGGAAGAGCGGCCCCUGAUCGAUAAAGGCAGUUCGGCAUGCCCGAAUUGGCUCGCGUGGCCCACCGUCGCGGAUUCGGCACACAGCUCCUCUUCACGGUAGGCGGCGAGGAGACGGACAACGCCAACUGGUCGCGACUGGCCUCCGACGAAGUCCGGAGGGAGGCACUCGCCAAGGAUCUCAAGGAGACGCUGGUGUCGCUGGGCUACGACGGCGUCAACCUGCACUGGGCGACACCUGGCGGGCGGUGCGGCCGCGCCAGCGACGCUCGCGCCCUCACCGACUUGGUGCGGCUCCUGAGGACGCGACUGCAUCGGCCGCUGGCGCCGCGCGAUUUCCUGCUCGCCGUGACGCUGCCGCCGCAGGAGCACUUCGUCGAGGUCGCGUCGCAGCUCGCGCCGCUUGCCAAGCUCGCCGACUUUCUCGUCGUCCAGGCGCACUCGUUGUACGGUCCCUCGAGCCCGUGGCCCCGGUGCGCGAGUCCCUACGAGGCGGUCCAGGGCCCCAGCGUGCGAUCCCUGCUGGACUCGCUCGCGGCGCGUCUAUUCCACGGCCACUGGGGCAAGCUGUGCAUCACGCACUCGCUGGCCGCCGUCACGUACCGCCUGGCCGACUACGGCUCGGCGGCCGUUGUCGGCAGAGUCGGUGAGCCUAGCGAAGGGGACGGCGCCAGUGUGGGACCCGGCGAGCCGCAGUCCGUCACCGGCACGCCCGGCAAGGCCGCCUACUUCGAGGUGUGCGGCUGGACGAGGCAGCGGUCGCGGAGCCGCGAGUGCAGCAUGCUUCGCAGCGGCUCCACGGUGGCCGCCCUCGAGGGACCCGAGGCGCUGCGACACAAGCUGGCGCGCAUGUCGCUCGACGGCCACGGCCGGCUGUGCAUGGCCGCGCUGGACACGCACCUGGACGACCCGCUGGGUGCCUGCGGCGGCGCCAUGAGCCCGCUCCUGAAGCGCCUCUACGAGGACCCGCUCGAGGCAUAGCCAUCCCCCGCUGGGACUUAAGAGGCAGCGGCCUCACCGUCAAACCAGCUCUACAUUCCAUGCUCUACUGCGGCCUUACUAAUGUCUCUCCGCUUUCUGCUUUCCUAUUUUCAUUCGCAUUUCGAUAGCUUUUGUUGAAUAAUUAGUGUUGCGUAUUGCGUCUAAAACGUUCAAUUUUGUUGUUGCAAAUGGUGGCAUUCCUUCAUUAUCUUUGCUGCGGGCUGACAAAUAAGCGAAUGCUUUUUAAAUAAAUAUCGACACUCCAGACGCA